AUGUCUUCCGAGGAAAAGAACGCGACUGCUAUUUCGACAGACCCAAAGCAAUCGCAAGGAACUCUUACAGGAGAUGACUCUGACAGAGAAUGGCAACAGAGCACAACGCAGCUUGUACAUGGUACCUUCGAAGCAACAGAGGACCAUUCCUUCUACCGCCCAAUUGAUGGCUAUGAGGGCCUUCACCGAUGGGACCCAGAGUUCCAAUGGACUGAACAGGAAGAAAAGCGCAUUGUUCGAAUGAUCGACGCGCGUGUAUGCACCUUCGCCUGCGUGACGUUUUUCGCACUACAACUUGACCGAGGAAACAUUUCCCAGGCACUAUCAAGCACCCUCCUCGAAGAUCUGAAAAUGACCAGCAAUGACUAUAAUCUGGGACAGACGAUCUUUUUAGUAGUCUUCCUCCUUGCUGAGAUGCCUUCCCAGCUCGUUUCGAAGCGACUGGGUCCCGACCGCUGGAUUCCCAUUCAAAUGGUCUUAUGGAGUAUCCUUGCAGCCUGUCAAGCGUUUUUGACGGGAAAGAAGUCUUAUUUGGCAUGCCGAGCUUUAUUGGGUUUACUUGAAGGAGGAUUUAUUCCGGAUACGGUUCUCUUCCUCUCGUUCUUCUAUAAAUCGAACGAACUUCCAAACAGAUUGACUUGUUUCUGGAUCUCCUACACGGUCGCUGGCAUUAUCGGCUCGUUCCUAGCAUUCGGUUUCCUGCAUAUCACCGAUUCCCACGGUGGUGGAUCUUGGCGCUAUCUCUUUGCUUAUGAGGGCCUCAUUACCGGCGUUAUUGGAAUAAUCGCUGCAUUUUGGAUGCCUGCAUCCCCGGUACAAACCAAGGGUGGGUUCCGCGGCAAGAACGGCUGGUUCACGGAACACGAAGAAAAGAUCAUUGUCAACCGGGUCCUCCGUGAUGAUCCCAGCAAAGGAAGCAUGCACAAUCGCCAACCAGUCACCCCAAAGCGGCUUUGGCAUUCACUAAAAGAUUAUCAUAUGUGGCCCAUUUAUAUAAUUGGACUUGUCUGGCAAAUCCCGACUACACCAGCCCAGAACUACCUCACUCUACAACUGAAAAGUAUCGGAUUUACAACGUUUCAAACCAAUCUUCUUGUUAUCCCUGCUGCUGUCGUGGCUAUAAUUACCAUGUUGGGUACGACAUGGCUGGCAGAGCGAUUCAAUCAACGUCUCCUUCUUGGUGCCUGCGCCGAGUUAUGGUACUUGGUUUUGGUGAUUACGCUCGAAGUCCUUCCUGAGAAAGCCAUGCCUUGGCCUCGAUGGGCCGUACUCUCGCUUCUGGUUGGCGCACCGAGUAUUCAUCCUGUACUGGUGGCUCUGACAUCCCGAAAUGCUGGAUCUGUACGGACAAGAACGGUCGCUUCUGCAUUGUAUAACAUGUCCGUUCAAUUAAGUAGUAUUGCAAGUGCUAAUGUUUACGUUACUAAAGACGCUCCAUAUUAUAAGCAUGGAAACAAGGUUCUGAUUGCGAUGGCGGUUACUAGCUUUGUGAUCUUCCUUUCUGGGAAGUUCUACUAUGAGUGGUUGAAUAGACGUAAUGCCGCGAAAUGGGCCGCAAUGUCAAGUGAACAGAAAGAGAAUUAUCUGCGCGAAAAUCCAGUGAUGACAAACAAGAGACUUGAUUUCCGAUUCUCGUACUGA